CACCUGUAGCCAAUAAAUUAGAAAAAAAAAAAGAAAAAAAAAUCGAACCCAAAACCAUAAGCUAAAAAGCCACGCAGAGGAAAAAAAAAAAGAAAAAAGGAAGCCUCCUUUUAUAAUGGUUCCUCAAACUCAAGAUUUGUUUUGUUAAAAAAAUUCCCUUUUUUUUUCUUUCCCGUAUCUCUCUCCAAAUCUACCUUUCAAACUUUCUUAGAGCCUUCUCCUCUUUUCUUUGUUUUAUUUUGUCUCAAAACAUUCUUAAAACAUCUUCCUUUUUUUUAUUUGAUUCUUUGGUUUAUCCAAUCCUUCAAAAUAAUGGGUCUUUCGAGUCAUCUUAGACAGGCUUAAACUGAAAAGAUCAUACAAAAUUCUUCAUUGUUUUAUAAGAUUAAUGUUGUCUGCAUUUAUCAAUGUGUGUUUGAUUUCUGAAACUUCUGUUGCGGGUUUGGAAAUUGAGCAGAAACCAGAGCAAAUACUUAGGAUCAAUAGAGCUCCCAGUGUUGAUUUUAUGAACAAUUUGAUUGCUGGAUCAUUUGGGUUAGAACAUGUAAGUUAUGGUAUCAGCAGCAUUAAUGCGAAUUGUGCCACCCUGCUGGAGGCCUUCUGUUGAGGGUGAAAAUUCUAGUAGAGGUGGGGAUGCUAAUGGUAGGGUUGAUGGAUUGUUGUGGUACAAAGAUUCAGGAGAACAUGUUAGUGGUGAGUUUUCAAUGGCAGUAAUUCAAGCAAACAAUCUAUUGGAAGACCAUAGCCAACUUGAAUCAGGUCCAAUGAGCUCAGUUGAAUCAGGGCCUUAUGGGACAUUUGUUGGAAUUUAUGAUGGGCAUGGAGGUCCAGAAGCUGCUAGGUUCAUAAACGAACACCUUUUUGGCUAUAUCAAGACUAUUAAUGGUGCAGAGUUUACAACUGAGAAUCGUGGAAUGUCAGCUGAUGUAAUCAACAAAGCAUUUUUGGCAACCGAAGAGGAUUUUCUUACUCUUGUCAAGAAGCAGUGGCUAAGUAAGCCACAUAUUGCUUCUGUUGGUUCAUGUUGUUUGGUAGGAAUAAUUUGUAGUGGACUGCUAUACAUUGCAAAUGCUGGAGAUUCUCGAGUGGUCUUAGGAAGACUGGAAAAAGCCUUUAAAGAGGUCGAAGCAGUUCAGUUAUCAUCUGAGCACAAUGCAAGUGUUGAAUCUGUGCGGGAGGAGUUGCGAUUGUUACAUCCUGAUGAUCCACAGAUUGUGGUCCUCAAGCACAAAGUAUGGCGGGUGAAGGGUAUAAUACAGAUUUCAAGAUCCAUUGGUGAUGCUUACCUAAAGAAGGCAGAGUUCAACAAAGAACCUCUAUUGCCAAAGUUUAGAGUUCCAGAAUCAUUUGAGAAGCCAAUCCUACAAGCAGAGCCAGCAAUAUUGGUACAGAAACUCCUUCCUGAAGAUCAGUUUCUUAUAUUUGCAUCAGAUGGUCUAUGGGAACACCUUAGCAAUCAGGAGGCAGUUAACAUGGUCAACACCUGUCCACGUAAUGGUAUUGCCAGGAAACUUGUCAAAGCCGCACUUCAUGAAGCAGCAAAGAAGAGAGAAAUGAGAUAUUCAGACUUGGAAAAGAUUGAUCGCGGAGUGAGGAGACAUUUUCAUGACGAUAUAACAGUUAUUGUUUUGUUUCUGGAUUCCCAUCUGAUAAGCCGCAGCUCCUGGCAUGGACCCCUGCUUUCAAUCCAAGGUGGUGGUGGAGUCUCCGGAAGUGGCAACUGCUAGUGCAACAGGUCGUAGACCUCUAUACCCUGUUCUCUCCUUUUGUAUGAAGAAACAUUUUUCUCUUUUCCUUUUAAAAAAGAAGCAAUUGAAAAUUAAUUUUUUCCCCAAUGUAUAGCCACGCAAUUCAGGAACUUGUUUCCACAAAGCCAUAAUAGAAUUAUUUAUAGCUGUUAGUUACCAGUUAGAGAGUGCCUAAGAGAAUUCCUCCUUUGAAGUUUACUCUCUGGUGACUGACACAUGAUAAUUGAAAAGCUAUAAAUUCAUUGACAUAUAUGGUAUUACCCAUUUGCCUUUAAGAAUUUGUUCAAAAUUUGCCACUAAAUGUAAGUACAUGUUUCUUGUGGUUCAGUUCUAAUUGUUGUUGCCUCUUACUUGUUUUAUCUGCGAUUGGAGUGCAACUUCACUUGAGUAAAAGAGAAGGGUUUUUCUCUUCCCAGUGUAUCUCAUCAUAUCUAUGUUGAUAUAGCUUCCUAGUUUCACUUUCAUUCCAACUCGAAUCAUAUUAGCAAAUGAAUGUACUAUAUGAACCGAUGCAGAAGUUUAUGUAAACUUUUAACACAUUUUGGCAGUUAAUAGUUUUCAUAUACUCUGCUGUAUGAAGUUGUGGUUGGUUAAAGGCACAGCAGCUUGAACCAUGAUCGCGGUCGACAAGUUUGUUUUGGCUCUUGUUGCAGGGAAUAUCAGAAAAUAAAUCUGGUUCUGGUUCUAGCUCAUUGUUUUUUCAUUGUCCUACU